AUGUCGUCGAAAGAAAAUUCGCCCGAAAGGUCGAGCGAUAACGCACAACAGAAUGGUGAAUCAGAAAAGGGCCAGGAUGAGAAACCGAAGCCCGUUGGGUUGUUCUCGCCAGAACUCAAGCAAGUGAGGCGAGAGAUUGCCUGGAAAUGGUUGUUAACCACUGUCACUCUCAUGGCGGCUAUCAUGGCUGUAUUAUCUCUCUACUGGGCAGCAUUAUUCCAUGUGGAGUCGAACCUAUCUUCAUUGGUUGUGUACGUUGUAGACUUUGACGGUCAGGGACCGAACAGCGUUCCUGGAGUCGAGCCGUUAGUCGGACCCAUCGUCCAAGGCCUUGCGCGUACUCAAGUGGCAUCUGGAACCCCAACACUCGGAUGGGGACCUCUAUCUGGAGCCGACUUUGGCUACGAUCCUAUCGCCGUACGACAGGCUGUUUACGACUGGAAGGCUUGGGCUGCCAUCAUAAUCAUGCCCAAUGCAACUUCUCAACUCUACAAUGCUGUCCAAAACGGAAACACGAGCUACGACCCCAUGGGAGCAUGUCAAUUGAUCUAUCAAUCCGCUAGAGAUGACACCAAUUGGUUCGACUUCAUGUAUCCACUGAUCUCCCAAUUCCAGACUCAGGCUACAUCCAUGGUCGGACAGCAAUGGGCCAAAUUGGUCCUUCAAAACGCCACCACCGAUCAGAAUCUCCUGCGCAACAUGGUCAAUGUACCUCAAGCCAUUUCUCCAGCAAUCGGGUUUUCUGAAUACGAUCUAAGGCCAUUCUAUCCUUACACAGCCAUCCCAGCCACCACCAUCGGACUAAUCUAUCUGAUCAUUCUGAGUUUCUUCUCCUUCGCCUUCUAUCUACCCAUAUGGUUCAGAUUCUUGAAUCCUCAAGGACAUCCACCUCUCAGAUUCGUCGAAUUUAUCGCUGUUCGUUGGGGUGGUACUGUUCUUGCCUAUCUCUUCAUGUCUCUGGCGUAUUCAUUCGUCUCUUUGGCGUUUCAGAUCAACUUUUCCGGCGGCAAUCCAACCACUUCGGAAACUCAGGUUACGGAUAUUGCAUUUGGCAACCCUGACGCUUACGGUCAUGGAACCUUCCCUGUGUACUGGAUGUUGAACUUUGUGGCUAUGUGUGCUCUUGGUUUGGCCUGUGAAAAUGUCGCUAUGGUUAUUGGGCAGCCUUGGACUGGUCUCUGGCUUAUUUUCUGGGUUAUUACCAACGUCUCAACCGGCUUCUACGAUAUCGAUAUCGAACCUGCAUUCUUCCGCUGGGGAUACGCUUGGCCAUUGCACAAUGUCGUUGAAGCCAGUAGAUCGAUUCUAUUCGGAUUGCACUCACGCAUUGGACUCAACUUUGGUGUGCUGUUUGCUUGGGCCGCUGUCAAUACUGCUCUGUUCCCUUUAACCUGUUGGUUCUUGUUGUAUAAGCGCAAGCAUGAGAUACACGAGUACUGGGCUUGA